UAAAAACACGGGGGUGUAACCACCUAAGAAUUAAUCCACGGGCAACAACAAAAAUUAAAAACGGUUUGACAGAUAUUUUCGCGGGGACGAGAGCGUGUUGAAUUUUUUGCUGAUGUCGUUAUCGUCGAAGGUGUAAAAUCUUCAUCUGCAUAAUGGUCGCGUUCGGCACCUUACUGCUCAUCGUAUUUGCCGUCUGUCUAUUUACGUCAUGGAUUGUACCUUGGCUGCUGGCAUGGUUUUUCAAAAUAAAGUUCAAUGUAAAUGUUAGCAUUGGAAGAAUUGGCCUGGGGUGGCCUUAUUUAAUUCUGAAGGAAGUUCACAUAACCCGCAGCGGCUUCUCCAUUCAAAUCGAGGAGGUUGCCUUGCGAAGCAGUUUCUUAAGCAGUGAAGUCAGCAAACUACUGUUGGUAAUCAUCAAAGAUGUUCGCAUUAAGAAAGAUAUCGGCAGGGCUCAAGAAGGCGAACUCAUUACAAAUGUCAACACCAGUCCUACGUCUUUAAAUAUGAAGGACCUUAGAGUUCCUCCAGUACUGAUCAGUCUUACCCAAUUCCUAGCUGUUCAUGUGCACAGAGUGACUGUGAUGCUCCUGCGUUCCACCACCCCAGAGUGGCUAAUCCAUGCUGCCGCUGAGGAGCUCUAUGUAGAUGGCAGUGUUGUGCACGGAGCCAGACUUUUGGCUAGCAUUCGUUGCUCGAGUGCAUCUGCUAAGAUCCUCAAACACACUCAGCAACAUGCCCAAAGUCAUGAUGAUGUGCAUGUUGUUCUUGGAGAAGUGGCUUUUGGAUUAGCUCUGGAGGCAACUCUUCUGGCCCAGGGUCCUCUUUCUGUCGAAAAACUGGCUGUAGAGGUGGAAAAGCCUCAAGCUGUGAUAAAUGAUGGUUUCUAUGAACUGGUUCAGGCGCAGAGAUUGUCAAGGGGAGAGCAAUCUGUUGCUAGGAAAAUUGAUAAACCUGUUUGGGGCGAUGAUCACACAAAUUGGCAAACUUUGUCUAAAAUCAUGCCCAAGAAUUUUAGCUUAAAAGUUGGCUGCACAACUUUGACUGGAAUGAGGGAUCAUUCAAGGCCAGAUUUUUGUGCUGUUCUGCAGAGCUUUGUUGUUAAAUCGUCAUUCUCCAUUGUGCCUUUUGAUAUGCUAAUGAAUGUGGAUGUGGAAGAACUGAAGGUCAAAUGCAACCAUGUUACCUUAUUAAGACUAAAAAAGCUGAAAGUUGACGCCAAAAUUUUGAAUGAAACCCCAAUUGUGGACGUCCUGAUGGAUACAUUUUCGGCUACGUAUAUUCACCGGGACAUAUAUAAAUGGGCAUCUACAAAUUUCAAGCUUCCUAAAAAUGCACAGAUUUCAAGACAAGUUUCUAGAACAAAGAAACCAAUGCCCAGGUGGACUGUUGACCUUCUUUCAAGACUGCAGACAAACGUGGAGCUUUGGAACAUUGCUGUUUCAUUGCAAUUGUCUGAGAACCACAAUGCUGGAUUAGGGUGCAACCAUACUAAGCUGAGCUUUGUGUCUGUGAUCGAUGAUUUGGAAGAAGAGGUUCCUAUAAUGCAAGCCUGGACUGGUGAUCUCUUGGUUGAGGCACUUUGGUGGCGCCUCGGAGUUCCCAUGCUCGACUCUCCGGACCCUCAGGCAAAGUUGCAACACAUCUGGGGAACACCUGCAUAUCUAGGAGUUAUUUUGUUGGAGGCCAAAAAACCCAACACACUGAAAGGUGUACUGGACUGUGUGCGAUUCGAGUGGUCGGACGACUGGGCAAAGUUUGUCGAGCAAAGUGUCAAGUGUAUGAUGGACUACCAACCUCUGAUUCCUACCCGUCCAGCGCACAGGCACUCUGUUGUUGCUAUGCCAAGCACUGAGUCACCGUUUGACGAGCUGGCUGUCACUGUCACAUUCAGCAACGUAAAUAUUUUCCUGGUCGUCAAUGACGAGAAGAACUCAGACAAGUCUACAAGCCUCAUGCUCAGACUUGAUUCAUCCAAGGUGGAGAAGUUUAAGAGCAAGUUGAGUGUUGGAUUUGAAGGUGCCAAAGUGCUGUCGAUGGAGACUGGCCUGUAUUAUAACUGCAUCAAAGCAGAUGAACUAAAAAAUGCAUGGGGCUUCAUGAAGGGUGCCAAGCUGAGCAUGAAGCAAGCUGGCAAUGAAGUUGGUAUUCAGUCGAGUGAGGAGAUCAGUGUUAACUGGAACACAGAGCUGCACUUACAGCUCCUCAGCCUGUAUGAGGACAUUUUGGCAUUUGUCCACAGUAUGAAGUACACUAUGAAGAAAAAAGAUAUGCCGCUGUCUGCAACGGAUAAGAAAACUUCAAAGAAAAUAAUUGUUCGGAUGAGAGGACAAAUGUCUUUGGGUAUCAAGAUCUCCAGCAGACACGACAUGCGUAUUUCCGCUGAAGAUUUUGUCAUGUCUGUGGUCGGAAGCGACAUUUCAGUCCAGUCGAGCAGUGGCCGUGUUGCCAUUGAUGGCGCUGACACUUUCUUUGUUGACGGCUUAGUUGUGGGUACCUUGCAAGACAGCGAAGAGAUCAGAGCAGAGAGGCAGAGUCUUGAUAAUUUUGUUCUCCCGUGGAAUAAGACGUGGUCCAUAUCAAUGCGGACUCUGCUUGUUCGUUUUCCACACGAGCACAAUUUUGCCGAGGCUGUGCAGAAUGAGUUUGUUAGUCUCUUCAAGUGGCUUAAAUUGAUCCACAAGUACAAGAAAAAGCCCUUUACUGCCGAAAGUCCAUUGCCACCUGAUUUGCUUAUACGUGUCCAGGAGUUUGCCUUUGAAAUGAGCGACGAUCCGUUUGAAGUAAAACUCAGAGACAACUACGAACUGCUCGAAGAUGAAUACAGGGAGGCUGAAACGAGAAAAAAGAUGCUUUCAGCAAAAGUUGAGGAGCUCCAGAAGAAUAUUUUACACUUUCCCAGCGGCAAGGUUGAGGAACUGUACAAGGGCUUGAACAAGAAAAAUGCCGAGAUCUACAUCCAACGCUCAAAACAGAUAAGCCAAUCUGGCCCAGCUCGUACUCGUCUCUUUGCCUGGACAAUGCAAGAACUGGAGAUAUUGGCACUGGCUGACCCGUCAGUUCACGGAACCGACAAUGCUGUUGCAGUUAUGACUGAGAUAGACUGUGAAAGCCCUUGGCCAACUUCAGGGCUCAGCUUCACAACACUGUGGUGUCGGGCAGUCAGACUGAAUUGCAAGGAGUGGAAAUUCCUGCUGCGCGACUUUCCACAGCCGCUGCUGCACAUCCGCAGCAUGUUGGUUUGGGGCCGACUUGUGGGUGCUGAGCAAGAGGCAACCAAGAGGGCUAAGCGUACUUGCUUAGUUGAGCUAGGUGACACCUGGCCCAGCGAAGUAAUCGAGCGUAGCAUGACCUCACUUAAAUUCUACCACGACUUCAGUUGUGACGUUGAGCACUUCAGUUAUGCAUUUGGGCCGUGCUGGGAACCUGUGAUUGCACAAUGCAACCUAAACUUUGAGCGUAUCUCAAGUCCGUCGCGCGAUCCAAGCCCUCCAUUGCCAUUCUGGGACAAAAUUCGCCUUUUGUACCACGGUCGCCUGACUAUGUCCAUGCAGACAAUGACGGUGCUCUUGCACGCCUCCCUCGAUCCAUACAACACGACUGAGGAGAUGGAGCUCACUUGGAGUGAAGUCGUCAUGGACUGGACAAACGCUAAGUUUGUUUUUAAGGGAGACCUGAAUAUUUAUGUGAAGACUGCCUCAAAAUAUGACGAUUGCCGCCUGCUGCACUUGCCAAACCUCAAACUGACGCUAAAACUCCACUGGGUCUGUUUGGCUGAUCCUAAUGACCAUCACUCCGUCAUGCCAUGCGCCCCAGACAAGCUCCCAGAGUACUCUAGUAAUCAGGAGCAUGAUUCUUUCAGAGCUUUCAGGUCUCAACAUGUAAAUCUCAGCAUAGCCUUGGAGACCAAACCAGCAGCAAAUUCUGCCGGCUCUACAAACUUUGAUUUUCCAAUCGCACUUCUGUAUGGCUCAACCCUACGUUGGUUUGAGUCCCUCAAACUCAUCCUCUCUGGCGUUACCCGUCCUACUCGGCGAGGAAAACUUUUCAAAAAUGUGCGCCCACGAAAACUGCAGCUCAGCCGACACUACCGCAAGAUCCAUCUUUUGCUGGGGCUGCACCAAUUCCAAGUGUGCUACUGGAUGUCCUUUGCCAAGCAACGUGGUUUUGAGUUGCUUGGUGGCCGCAUCUCUUGUUCAUCUGAGCACAUCCUGAACCUUGUCCCUGUUGAUGACGGUUUGAUCCAUCGACCAAGGGCCGAGUGGUCCAUCGGUUACAUGAACUGCGAGCUCAACGACGCUGAAAUUUGGCUGCAGUCGGCGCUUCAAGAAGAUCCUGAGAAGGAGCAAGUGUCACUGCGACAACCGGUUGAAAAGUGCUACUUUUUAAGUGUGGCCAAAGUGUCCUAUGGCAGAGAAACAACCCUUGGGCAAGUGAAAGACGGCCGAGGAGCACCGCACCAUCGCCUCGUAGUCUAUGACCUGAAAGGCGCCUGGACGAAAAGCAACCGAGACGUGGCCUUUGCACUUUUUGACUCAUUUGUCAAGAGCCAGCAACUGAAAAAGAACCUUUCAACGGACGCAUUUAAGGUUUUCAAGGGAGAGACGAUUAAUACUCCAAUGAAAAACAGACCUCGCUCAAAUGACUCACUCCAAGUAAACACACCUUCCAACCCCACUCUCCAGCAAAGUACAGCAACUCCGUCACCCAUGACCAAGUUGCAAUCUGGCCACGCUGCCACUAUGCUGCAGCAGCUGAUAGCUGAGGUGGACAACAAGAACGUUGUUUACAGUGAUGACCUUUCUACACAAAAUAAGGAGCAAAUUCUGCAAGGACUGGUGUCUUGCAGUGAACACGACGUCAUCUACGAAAACUGGCACAUUGUUCUGGUUAACAGUCAGGUUUUGCUCAAAGGAUGUGAAACAAAGGGAUACGUGAUAAUGAGCGCAGCUAAAGCACAAAUUCUGCAGCGAAUCCAUCGGCCCACUUGGAAGCAGCAUACACUCGUGUCGAAAAGCACUUGGGUUGGAUCGCUUGAGUGCAUGCAGUAUUAUGCUACUGUGAUAGCCGGAGACACACCAGAUGAAAAUAUUAUGUGGCUGACGAUUGACAACAUCGAGGAGAAAGAAAAAGAUUCGGCUGUGAUAGAGAAACCUGCAGAUGUGCCAGACAUAGUUGGCAGUGGUCAUUCUGUUGGUGGGAUAGUCAGUGAAACUGUGGGUGUAGGAACUGAGACUGAAAAUUCCCCGAUUCAACUCCAAAGAAUAGUCUCGCGUUGCAAAUGUGAGUUUUUCUAUGCUUGUUAUGGAGAUAGUAGCCUUGAUCCUGUUUCCAUUGACCACGUUCCUCCACCACCCAGCGACGAAGGUGCAGGGCCUUGGGAACAAAGAGAACAAGGUGUGGACGCCUUUACAUUGAUGCAUCACGACCUUGAUGUUUGCACUAACUCGCUGCAGUAUGCCAUGAUUUUGGACGUGGUGAACAAUUUGUUGCUUCAUGUUGAGCCGAGCAGAAAAGAAGCUGCCGAAAGACUACAGAGGAUGCGGUUCCAGCUGCAAUUGCAUAGCAAUGAAGAUCAGAGAAAACCCAUACAGCAGUUGCAAAACCAAGUUCGAUCUAUGGUUUCUAAAGUUAGGAGGUUGGAAAAGAAGACUCACCAGAUCCAGUCAAAGUUGUGCGAAGACCCCAAUAAUCUGGAGCUUUUAAAGGAGGAGGAGAGUUUGGAGCAACAGGUGUAUGAUUGCAAAGAGACGCUGACAGCACAAAGCGAAGAGCUCAAUGUGAUGAUCUCCUGCUUUAAAGAGACGCAAAUAACAGCCAACCAGAAAUUGGCAACAAUGAGGGGUGACAAGUCUGUGGCCACUAUCAGGGCCAAUGAAAUCUGCUUCAAAUAUGCAAAGUGGAGACUCACCGAAGCAGAUGGACAACUUGGAAUUGCCGAUCUAAUUCUCAGCAACUUCUUAUACACCAAAAAUUCAAGAAGUGAUGAUUCUGUUGAACACUUGCUUGAGCUUGGCUAUGUGAGAAUGACGAAUUUGCUGCCAAACCAAAUUUAUACCGAAGUCCUCUUGCCGACUGAAAUCCAGAGCAACAUGCCUGUUGAUCACAAAAGAGCUGUGAGGGUGUUCUGUCGAGAGAAGGCCCCAGUUGGUGGAAUCUCUGUAAAAGAGCACUUUGAAAUUAACGUCGUCCCGCUAACUAUAGGUCUUACAAAAAUCUUUUACAACACAAUGCUGAAGUUCUGCUUCCCUGAGAGAGAUCCAAACACAAUUGAUGGUGACGAAGACCUAGAAGCAGAUUCUAGAGGUAGCAAAAGACUGAAGGGGAAAAAAGGCAAGGAAGCGAGCUUCUAUGUGAAAAUUAACCGCAAAGAUGACGUCGAGAAAAUGAAAGAAAGAGCCGAGAAGAAUAAAUUGUUCAUCUACAUCAAGAUACCCGAAGUGCCCGUCAAGGUCAGCUACAAAGGAUCAAAGGAGAAAAAUAUCGAGGACAUAAGAGACUUCAGCUUGACUAUCCCCACCUUGGAGUACCAUAAUGUCACUUGGACUUGGCUCGAUUUAUUGUUAGCAAUGAAAAGUGACAGCAGAAAAGUAAUUUUAUCUCAGGCUAUUAAGCAAAAACUGCAGAUCAAGAUGACCAAAACUGCAGUGGAAGAAAGAGCUUCACCUCAAGAGGAGGAUAAAGCGCGAAUGCUGUUUGGCUCUCGGCUAGUGCCUGCUGGAGAGACAAGCAGAACAGGCAGUCUGAAGAAGAGUAUCUUUAAGUCAAGCAAGUAGCUUACUGUAGUGUACCAUUAAUUAUUAUGAUUGCCACAAAACCAAAUAUUGUUUUUUCAAUAAAUAAAUUUACAAUUAACAUUAGUUGAAAGUAGCAACUGAAGUAAUAUUUUACAAAUCAGAAAAAAAAACUAUUAUUAUUCUUUAAUAUAAAAAUUUCAUGUUAAAAAACAAGCUUUUU